AUGGAUGAAAUUCAUGAUGAAAUCGCAAAGGAGCUUUCGCAAACCGAGUUCGCGUGCUCGACGCUCACUCGUUUAUCUGGCGGCACAGCAAACUUCGUGUACCGAGGCACCCUUGCGUCUACGGGCGAUUCAAUCGUCAUCAAACAUGCCAAGGAGUAUCUAGCCUCGAAUGAGAAUUUCAAACUCGAGAUUACACGAUGCGACCAUGAGAUAGCCAUCCUACAGGCCCUAGACAGCCUACCAGCCCUUUGGCAGGAUAAUGUGACAGUCAAAACACCGCGCAUGCUGUAUGCAAACCCAAAAACUCAUACACAAGUAUUAGAGGAUCUCCCCAACUCCAGUGAUCUCAAAUCAUUCCUCCUCUCGGGGGGUUCUGACUCCUUGUCGGAAGCUUCUGCGCUGGGUAUCGGUCGCGCACUGGGCUCAUGGCUGCGCUCACUUCAUACUUGGUCUGCCGAGAAGAAGCAGGGUGCGUCCGAGAAUUUCCGGCGCGAGAACAUACCCAUGCAGCAGCUCAAGUUCUAUGCCAACUACACCCUGUUGAUUGAAAGUGUCGACAACUUCCCCGCUCUUCUGGGGGAUUGCCGCAGCUUGUUUGAGGAGAUCCGUGAUGUCGCCGCAGUGGAACUAGAGAAGGAUGAUCAUACCAGUGAACAUGGAGUUAUCCAUGGAGACUUUUGGACGGGAAACGUUCUUGUUCAGAACAACUCCAAUGCAACAACGCUUUUCAUUGUUGAUUGGGAACUGUCGCAAGUUGGAGCUCGUGCAUUAGAUCUCGGCCAAAUGAUUGCUGAGCUAUACGAGACCAAGCUAUUCAAGAAUCUUGACAAUGGACUUCAGAUUAUACAGGGCUUCACAAAAGCCUAUGGUCCGAUCGAUGACGGGAUGGCUUACCGGACUGCGAUUCAUGUCGGUGUUCAUUUGAUUUGUUGGGGCAGCAGAGUUCCUGGGUGGGGAAGCCAAGAGCAGGUUGAGGAGGUGGUCAAGGUUGGCAGGGAUAUCAUUAUCCACGCGUGGAAGAAGGAUAAGACCUGGUUUAGAGAGGGACAACUGGGCUCCUUGAUCGCGAUUUGA